AUGAUACUGAGGAGUGAGAGAAUUGAGGGAGGUAGAGGAGGACAGAGUGUGAAUCAGAAUGGGAGUUAUCUUCAGAAUCUUACAGCUGAUUCAUUUCACAGUGUGAGUCAAUCUCAGAGUCACGUUCAGAAUCAUAUCAAUCAAAGCAAGAGUCAGAAUUUGAGUAGGGGUCAACACAAGAGUCAUAUAAGGAAUCAGAAUGAGAAUCAGACAGAGAUUCAGAGUUUGAGACUGAAUCGGAUCUCUUCGUCGCCUGAGAGAAAGACAAGUCACACUAGCUCCAGCAAAGAUGGGGAACAAAGGAAUUUGGUAUCUGCUGCAUACAACAGUAGUGAUUCAAAUCAAGCCCUGCCAAUCAGAGACAGAGCUACUCCCACUACAAACACAGUGUCAUCCUUCAGUAAGGAGAGGCAGAGUGAACUUCAGUACUACAUCAACAAGUUGCUGGAUCGUUCUCCUGGAGAUCCCUUGGAGAGCUCAGACCAGGAGGAGCAGACUGUGGAACACAGGCAGACUGAAGGUCACUCAGGAAAGAGUUCUCAGUGGGAGAGUUUUUCAUCUGAGUGUCAGGUCCCUGUUGGUCCCAGCUCCUCUCCCUGUCAGAGGGAGCCCAGACUGGAGCAGCUGGCCACGCUGAUGGGCCAAACUCUCCCUGCACAGACUACGCAGCAACUACAGCAGCUGCUCUAUAGCAUGCUCAGAUCUGAAGUUGCUGGGACUGAUGGUCCAGUAAGAACAAAUCUGGACCAGAAACUAAGUCAGCUGGACAAGAAGGAGGGAAGCUCCUCUGCGGCCCAGCGGCGUGUUGCAGGACAGUCUCGCUCCACUCAGAGUGUAUCGUCUCGCGGGCGAAGGACAGGACAGCAGGGUCAAAGGUCUGGGCCCACAAAGGUCAAUGCUUGGAGAUGA